UACACCAAAUGAGUGUACAGACGAUGUGGGUGUUGUCAAAUACUCCAAAUAGAGCUCGAAACUGCAUUAUUUGCAUUCAGUUUAGUCAUUCCCGAUUGAAAAGUGCAAAGCCAGCAGCUAUAUUUCAGAAACCGCCUGUUACCCUAAUCGUGGCUACCGGCCCAAAUUGAAUCAAAAUGAGUGCGGUCAUUAUCAACAGCGGAUCGUCCGAUAUUGUAAAGAUUAACAUAUCCAACUCGCAGAACGAUGCCGUUUCGUUUGAACGGAAGUACAGCAAAUCGCUCAAGAUCUCCGAUUUUAAGGUUAAACUGGAACCCAUUACGGGCGGUUCAGCAGCCACAAUGAAGUUGGAGCUAUACAGGGGUGAUCGCUUGGUCAGCCGGAUGGACGACGACAGUCAGAUGCUGGGUUACUACUCGAUCGAAGAUGGUAUGCGGGUGCAUGUAAUUGACAAUUUUGCCUUUGUCCAGGAGAAUGUUGCAAAGUUCGAAUUAAGUCAGGAAGAGUACGAUAAAAAGCAGGAAAGCUUGCGUAACUAUCUUCGUCAGAACAAGUUAGGUAAAUAUAACGAAGAAGAAAUGAGAAAACUGGAACUGGAACGCAAAAAGCAGGAAGAAGAGGAUGCGAGAAAACUUGAUCAGGCUACGAUCGGUGCACGUUGUCGAGUUACUUCAAAAGGACAACCAACUCGAUUAGGAACGGUGAUGUACAAAGGAGAGCUGGAAGGCAAAGCGGGCAUGUUUAUCGGAGUCAAGUUCGAUGAGCCGCUGGGGGCAAACGACGGUACUUGCAAUGGAAAACGUUACUUUGAGUGUCCACCAAAGUAUGGGAGCUUUGUUACAGCCAAGGCCGUCGAAAUUGGCGACUUUCCCGUGGAAGAUUUCGGCUUGGAUGAUGAACUGUAGUCGAA